GAAGGACGACAAGCGAAAGGAGGUGGAUGGAGAGGCAGAUAAAACUAAAUGCCACCAAAGUUGAGUGGAGAUAUUUAAAUUCACCAGUGCGUAUUAAAACGUAUGUUAAACUCGUCAUUUUCUGACGGCACAGACUACAAAGUAUUACAUUCCCAAUCACGCGGACUGAGCGAGCCGCACGUGGCUGGAAUAAACUCCAUUCAGAAAAACACCCCAGCAGACAAAAGAAGACAAGGAGCAGAAGAACAUGGACAUUUGUUUUGAAGAGACGCGGGGAAAUAUGUGGUAUUCACACCUCUACAAAAUGCUGUAAAAUGACUACCUUUCCAUGAAUGUAGAAACGACAGACAAACUAAAUAGUGGUAGCAACGCUCAGGUGCAGUUCUGCACGAUCCCUAAUCGGUUUGUGCGCGGCGCACACGGAGAGCACGAAUUUCUAUAAAACUGGGUGGGCGUGGCUAUAAUUUUCUUAAAGGUAGCCUACAGUAAUGUGAAAUAAAAACAAACUGAGCUCUAAAGUGUCUAUAUGAUAAACUUAAUACGAAGAUAAUUUACUGCAAAUUAAACUAAAAAGAAUCCACUCACGAGGAUUAACAGGCAUUUCCACCGAGCGAUAAUAUGAAAGAAACUGUAACAGCACUUAUAAAGCGUUAAAGCCAUAUUCAGAUCAGCCAACAUGAUGUAAUGCUGAAUAUCUUAAAAAAUUGAGCAUUUGGGAGCAGAUUGGUUAUUCCCUCCAGCAUGCCCGCACAGCUGCUGCAGGUCUGCCUCCUCAAAGGAUCGAGAAGGGAUUAAUAACCGCAACCUUUCCAACAUUUUCCCCGCCAGCAGACCAAUUACAUAACCGUAUUAUACAAUAAAUUCAUUUCCAGUGAGGCAUUAACGGUGACAUAGGCGAGCAAGUUUCUCUAAACGCCGGUAAAUGCUCAAUGUGUCGUCGCCGUCGUCUGCACAGAAUAUCUCCAUCUGACCCAGCUGGCCUUGCAGCCUGCUGAUCUCUCCGUUCAUCUCCUUUCUCCUCCUCUUUCCCCUCCUCUUCCUCCUCCUCUGAGCCGUGCUGGAGGAAAAGAGAAUUGGUGCUGGUUGCUUAAGACUUGCCCACUCUUUGUUGCGUACUUUGUAAGGAAAGCUGUUUAUACGUGCUUCGAUCCAGUCUUAACGAAGAAUCCAGGAGGGAGUUUCAAUAGAGAAAAAAAUUACUUUGUUCCUCAAAGCAUAACACGCGUGGAAAAUGGUUCUACAAAGAGUUAUCCGUGCUGUUAUUAUGGGGCCUCCGGGAUCGGGGAAAGGAACAGUGUCUGCGCGAAUUACCAAAACUUUUGGAUUAAAGCACCUCUCUAGUGGGGACAUUUUGAGAGCCAACAUCAAAGCAAAAACUGAGCUGGGCCUGCUCAUGAAGUCCUGUCUUGAUCAGGGUCAGCUGGUACCUGAUGCCGUCAUGUCACGUCUCAUCCUGAAUGACCUGAGAAGAAUAGAUGACUCUGGCUGGUUGCUUGAUGGAUUCCCUCGUACAGUACCCCAGGCAGAAGCUCUUGAUAAUGUCUUCACUGUGGAUACAGUCAUCAACCUUAAUGUACCUUUCCAGACCAUCAAGGAAAGGCUGACCUCUCGUUGGACUCACAUUCCAAGCGGCAGAGUUUACAAUACAGAUUUCAACCCACCUAAAGUUGCUGGUUUCGAUGAUGUGACAGGGGAGCCUCUGGUCCAGAGGGAUGAUGACAAACCAGAGACUGUCUCACGAAGGCUCAAGUCUUAUGAAACCCAAACAGAGCCCGUCCUGGAGUAUUACAGAAGUAAAGGUGUCUUAGAGACCUUCUCUGGGACGGAAACCAACAAGAUAUGGCCACACGUUGAAGUUUUCCUCCACAGAAAGUUCUCCUCACUCAGUCAAGGAGUUGCUUAGAAAGCCUGAGAGGUACAGAAAAACCUGAAGUUUACCGACUGAAACAACUCUGUAUGCAUCAUCCAAUCAAAAGACCACUUUUUAUUGAAUUUAAAGACAGGCUAUAAUAAUAUAUUUUCUGUUUAUCUUGUAAUGUGAUUCAGACUACAUGUUUUUCAUGGCACUACAGUGUUGUUGAUGUUAUUUUGGCAAACUCUCAGGUAAGUGUGUGCAAGAUCUUUCUAACAUUUGUUGUUAGUGUGCAUAUAGGUUGUCCCUUCAUUCCACAUUGUGCCUUUAUAAAGCAAAGAGGUAAUUGGUGCAUCAGAUUGUUUGGAUCUGUAAAAGUUGAACAUAAGGGAGGAAUUUGCACAAGAUCCUGCUGAAUGCAGCCAACUUUAGUUUGUAUAACUGCACUUGUGAGUUUCUUAGUUGGAAAGAAAAGAGUUACAUGUCCAUAUACCUUGAGCUAAAACAGACUGAACAGCUUUUUUUCUUUUUUUUUUCUUUUUGAUAAUUGUCAACAUAAAUAUAUAGCAGGUUAUUUUAUUUUAAAUGUGUGCAUAACUGCCUUAUGGGGACUGUUUCUUAUGCAGUGGGUGAUUGUCCCAAAGGGAAUGUGCAGUGCAGGCAAAAAACUCGCUUAUGCACACAAGUGCCUUUUGCUGCUUUUGACAAUGCAACAGGAAAUUUUGUAGUUUGUAAGUAUUGUUUAUGAUCAUGGACCACAUGUAUUAUAGUAUAUGCUUUUAAUUAUCACAAGAAACCAUUACUAUGUAACUCCAUCUUUGAACCACCUCAAGUCUUACUAGUGAUGCCUCUGAAAUACUCCAUAUUGUUUUAUUUUUACUAGCAAAUCCUCUUUGUGACCAAGUCAACUGGAAACCAAUGCUGCCAUUUAAUGUCUUAUUUGACGGCUCAUUAAUAUAUUGAUAAAUACAUUCACACAGUCUUUACAUGGUUGAAUCCUGUUGGAAGUUAUCUGCAGUUUUUGCACUUUGCUCUAAAUGUUUCAUCCUGUUAAAAGCCUUUGCAAAGCUUACGUGUGUACUGUAUCAACUCACAGUCAAUGAUUCCUGAAUUAUUCGCUUUCUAAACACUUGAAUACAAUGUCUAAAAGCAAACCGUUUCUUCUUUUCUGAAACAAUUCACAGAUGUGUCACAUAUUUAUGAACUGCAAUAAACUUUGUGUGUUAAACCA